GGGGUUCGGUGGUCUGGUUGCUGGGGGAAACAACAACAAGCUAGCCAUCAUGAGGGUCCCCGAAACUCUGAUUUGGGCCUCCUUUCUCCUCCGGCAGGUGGUGGCAGAGUACGGCAUGGCCCAUUUCAGUGACAAGGCUAAAGGCAAAGGAAAGGAUUACUGCAUAUUCUUCAACUCACAGUGGGCACGCCUACCUCAGGACCUCGACAAGACGUCUCGUCUGCAGAUCUACGACCUGACCCCAUCGGUCCUGUGCUCGCCCUCCGACGUCCCGGAGGGGGGCUUUCCAAAUCACAUUGCCAUGGUGAUGAGGGGCAACUGUACGUUCUAUGAGAAGGUCCGCCUGGCCCAGAUUAACGGUGCCAGAGGGCUGCUCAUAGUCAGCAAAGACAGACUGACACCUCCAGCAGGAAAUAAGAGUCAGUAUGAAGAGAUUGACAUCCCCGUUGCACUGAUCAGCUAUGACGACAUGCUGGAAAUAAGCAAGACUUUUGGUAAAACAAGGCUGGUUGCCAUGUACGCCCCCAACGAGCCCGUGCUGGACUACAACAUGGUGGUCAUUUUCCUGAUGGCGGUGGGCACCGUGGCCAUCGGAGGCUACUGGGCCGGGAGCAGAGACAGCAAGAAACGCUACUUUAAGGACAAGCGGGACGACGGCGCGGAGAAGCACGACGAGGAGACGUUGGACGUCACUCCCAUCAUGAUCUGUGUGUUCGUGGUGGUGAGCUGCAGCAUGCUGGUGCUCCUCUACUACUUCUACGACUACCUCGUGCUUUGUGUGAUCGCCGCCUUCUGCAUGGCGUCCUCGGUGGGCCUGUACGGCUGCCUGCGGCCUUUCGUCAGGAGACUCCCCUUCUGCAAGUGCCGGAUCCCGGAGAACAACCUGCCGUACCUGCACAAGCGGCCACAGGUCCGCAUGCUGCUGCUGGCCGCCCUGAGCAUCAGCGUCAGCUUCGUCUGGACGGUGUUCCGCAACGAAGACAGGUGGGCCUGGAUCUUACAGGACAUCCUGGGCAUCGCCUUCACUCUCAACAUGCUGAAAAAAGUCAGGCUGCCCACUUUUAAGGCAUGCACUUUACUCCUGACGGUCCUGUUCGUCUAUGACGUUUUCUUUGUCUUCAUCACUCCCUUCUUUACUCGGAAUGGAGAAAGCAUCAUGGUGGAGGUUGCAGCUGGUCCUUCUGACUCCUCCACACAUGAAAAGCUUCCCAUGGUGCUCAAAGUGCCGCGGUUGAACUCCUCCCCCCUGGCCCUCUGUGCUCAACCCUUCUCCCUGCUGGGCUUUGGGGACAUCUUCGUACCAGGUGUGCUGGUGGCGUACUGCCACAGGUUUGACAUUUUAACACAAUCCUCCAGGAUCUACUUUGUGGCCUGUACAAUCGCGUACGGCAUCGGCCUGCUGAUCACCUUCGUGGCGCUCGCCCUGAUGCAGAUGAGUCAGCCGGCUCUUCUCUACCUGGUGCCUUGCACUGUGCUCACCAGCCUCACGAUAGCGCUGUGGCGCAGGGAGUUGCCCCAGUUCUGGACCGGGAGUGGAUGUGUGCCUGCCAUAGUCCUCGCACCCAUCAGCUGCGCUCAGACGGCAGCAGCAGCUCCAGCUGCAGCUCCAGCUGCAGCUCCGUCUUCCAACAAGAGGCCGUCUGCUGAACGCGAGCCAGACUCCACAGACGCCGGCAGCCCUCCCCGGCCAAGCCCGGCUCCGGAAGACCCUCCAGAGGAGAGCAAGUCAGAGUGAACGCUCCACACCGCGGUCCCCCGCCUCUUCGUCGGACAGGAGCCUCCGCCUGCAGACGUGCACCGCUAAAGGAAGAUCUCCCUCGCUUUUUUUUUUUUCCAAGACUUCUUUGGGGAAAGGAGGCGGUGCCGGCGGGCGGCUGUCGCUGCCGCUCUGCUUGCUCGUGCUGAAUGACUGAGACACCUUCACACGCUGGGCAGAGCCCGGAGCUCUGAACGUCUCUGCACAGAGAAAGAGGGGGGGGAAAAAA